AUUUGUGAUGAUUUAUAUCCACUAACCACAAUUCCCCUUUUUUCCCCUUCUCUUUUUCUUUUUUGGACUUUUGUGUUUUUUUUCUCCACAACCAUUUUGCCUCUCUUAGAGUGAGAUAGUAUAAAGAUAAAGUAACAAUAGUACUAGAGAUACUAUAGCAUCAUCAUCAUAAAAAGUAAACUAAACUAGUUUAUAAGUAAGUCUCAAGAACCCUCAUUUUCUUUUUAUGUACCCUCUUUUGUUUUAACUCUUUUCAAGCCAAAAACACUUACAAGAAAGAGAAAAAAAAAAUGGAAGAUCAAUGUAGCCCUCUUAGCUGGCCUUGUAACUACUUUCUUGAAGAGGGGAUAGAGGAAUUGAAGCAUUCAUUGGUGUACACAACAUUGGAAUUGGAGAACACUGUGAUUUCAGCACAUGAGGAACUUGCUAGAAAAGAUGAGGAGAUUUUGCAACUCAAGGACCUAUUGUCUAGAAUUGUGAAAGAAAGAGAUGAAGCAGAAGGCAAAUGCCAGAGGCUUGGAAUGGAAAAAAUCCUACUCCAACAACAAUUGCUCCAACAGCAAGUGCAAUUACAAUUCCAAUUUCAAAAGCAAAACCAAAAUGUUGUUAUAGAAAGUGCACCUAUUUCUAGUGGCACAACAAUUAGUCAUGAUAAUCAAGAACAUGACCAAAUUUUAGGGGUAGUUGACUCUAACAAGAACAACAUUGGAGUACUUUCUAAUUCCUCUGAUUGUGAUGAAAACAAUGUUGUUUCUCCACCAUUAUUAGUCCAAGAUUUGAUGGACAAAGUUGUUGUCAAGAAGCCAUUGCCACAGCAAGGGAAAUUCUUGCAAGCUGUGAUGGAAGCAGGUCCAUUACUUCAAACACUUUUAUUAGCAGGGCCACUUCCUCAAUGGCAACAUCCACCACCACAACUUAACUCAAUCGACAUUCCUCCGGUCACUAUUACCUCCCCUACUCCGCGGUUGCUCCAUCAGGACUCCGCCCUGAGUAGUAGCACCGGGGCCUCCCCCGGUGCUACUAGAGCAUGUUUUGGUGCAAAAAGGGAUGUUGUUGCUGCUGGUUUUAACACUACUGUUGAAGGCAUUGAUACUACUACUUUAACUUCAAAGUAUCAAAAAGUUGUUCACCAGUCAUCAUUGACCAACAUGUAGUGCUUUUCUUGCUUUUCCUACCUCUAUAAUUAGCUCACUUUAGCUAGUAUUACUUUUUUUUCCCUGAAAUUCACUGGCUCAACUAAUUUGGAUUCGAGCAAUGUAGGGCCGGUUAUAGGGAAAAGUGCUCCCAUCAGGAGUUACCUGAAGGCGGAGGAAUCUCAUCCAUCUCACCACCGCCCUUGUUUGGUUAAGUUUAGGUAGUAGCAUAUGCAUUAUCCAUCCUUUUCAUACUAUUUCAAAAGGUAUGAAAAAAAAAGGAGGUAAAAAUUACUAUCAACAUGAAAUUGGAUGGAUAUCAUAUGCAUGCCAUUUUCCAUCCAAUUAGGAUCUUUGUAAUAUUAGUUGGUUUACCUUAGAAACUAAGCAAUCUUCUUAAUUAUUAGCUAACCAAGAUUUAGAGGAUUUUGACAAAAGGCCUAAUUAUGAAUGGCCUUUUACUUAGUUGGGGUUUUUUAAGAUCAAUGUCUCACUAUAAAGGUGUUGGAUACUUGAUCAUGAGUUGUUGCUUUGUUUUUCAUGUCCUAUUUGGAUGGAGAGAGGUGUUUGACCUUUGAUAUUGAGUUAUAACCUUUUGAUUUUAAUUAUUUCCCCAUGUAAUAUUAGUUUGGGGGUCUUUUACAAUUCUCCAAAAUGUUGGGGAAUUUUUUUUCUAAAUAUGUAUACUUUGCCAUCUUUUUUCUCUUGGUCUAAUUUUGCAUAAAAAUAUUAUGCAAGGCGUAUCUUGAGAGAUUAUGAUGUUGUAGACUUGUUUGUCAUUAUUGAGAAGAUGAUUUUAGUUUAAUGAAGGCUUUGUUUCCUUUUUUGCUUU